AAAGUGCAAAUGAAAGCCACAACCAACUUCAGCUACUCAAGAAACGACAGCAACUGCACUAGCGAUAACAAAAUUAGUCAAGUCAUUUUUCCUUUGCUUUAUCUAAUUCUGUUCCUGGUGGGUAUCACCAUGAACAGCCUGGCAAUGUGGGUCUUUUUCAAAAUAUCCAGUAAGUCCAAUUUCAUCAUCUUCCUCAAGAACACUGUCAUUUCUGACCUCCUCAUGAUCUUGACUUUUCCAUUUAAAAUCCUUAGCGAUGCAAAGCUGGUGUCAUGGGUACUGAGAGGAUUUGUGUGCCAGGUCACCCAGGUUGUAUUUUACUUCACCAUGUACAUCAGCAUCUUGUUUCUUGGGCUAAUAACUAUCGAUCGCUAUCAGAAAGCCACGUCGCCGUUCAGAACAGCAACACCAAGGAGCCUUUUCAGUGCCAAGAUCCUGUCCACAGCAAUCUGGAUAUCAAUGUUUGCUCUUUCGUUACCCAACAUGAUUCUAACAAACAAGAAGAGAACACCUAAGAAUGUAAAAAAGUGUGCUCUCUUGAAAUCCGAGUUUGGUUUAGUCUGGCACGAAAUCGUAAACUACAUUUGUCAACUCAUCUUCUGGGUUAAUUUAGCAGUGAUAGUUGUGUGCUACAUACUCAUAAGUAAAGAACUGUACAAAUCCUAUAAAAGGACAAGAAGCACGGGACAGGCAUCCAAAAAGACUGUAAAUCUGAAGGUUUUCAUCAUUAUCGCCGUGUUCUUUAUCUGUUUCGUGCCAUUCCACUUUACUAGAAUCCCCUACACGCUGAGCCAAACACGAGACGUUUUUGAAUGCUCUGCUCAGAACACCUUGUUUUACUUGAAAGAGAGCACACUGUGGCUGACAUCACUAAACGCUUGCCUAGACCCAUUCAUAUACUUCUUCCUUUGCAAAUCAUUUAGAAAGUCCUUGCUAGACACGCUGCGCAAGCACACGGCCUCGUCAGAACUCAGAGCACGGAUGAAGGAGCAGAACGAAGGGGAUGACACAGACGAGACGCCGCUCUAG